AUGUUUAUCAGCAACUUGAGUAGUGCUGCCUUCGUUGCCGCUCUUUUACCACCCGUCAGCGCAUUCUUCAGAUACGACGGCAAGUCUCACAACCAUCCCAACCACCCACGACCACGACAGGCUGCAAAUCAUGACGGGGGACAACAAAACCCAUCGAGCCCGCAAGUGUCUCCGAUACCCACUUCUCCAGGUGGUUUUGACGCGGAGGAGACAUUGUCUCCUCAAGAUCCAGGCACAAUGUCCACUGUCGCCCUGUCGAGCGUGGUGGUGGUUCCAAUCUAUACUGCUGCUAACUGGACGGGUUCUUCUUACGUGUUUCCCACGACGGUGGUCCAAGUACCAGUGGCGACACUAUGCCGUGUGAGCGCGGAAGGUCCUUUCUUCACAAUGGCACCGACGUCGAAUACAACUGUCACAGAGAUUAACAGCAGCAGCAGCAGCAGCAGCAGUAGCAACAGCAACAACAACAUGGUGACGGACUACUACCUUCCCGUUCAGGUCAACGCUACAGCAACUCUUCCAGGUGGGAGGACGACUGUGUUUCUAAGCACGAGCUCCACGCGUAUCGCGAGGACGAUGACAUCGACGUCGUCGAGUGGAAAUGGAGAAACAAAAAAAGAAGACCGAGAAGAUACAGGUGCGUCGGUGGCGGAUGAUGACAUGGCGAGAAUCAUCCUCGACCCGUCCGGAUGUCAGACUGUGUAUUCUCCCUUGACGACGCAGGCGUGUAUCACGACUGUCAACCCCGGAGUGGGCAUGCUUCCCGUCCAGGUCACAGACUGCGGUCAAUGGGUCACGUUCUCGAGUGAGCGGCUGUGCGGGUGUACAUCGUCAUCCCCUAAUGGGGCUGGUGACUAUGUUACAGCGGAAACCAGCAUCAUGCUGCUGGCUGACGGGGAAGCCGAAGCUACCACGUCUGCCUCGGCGGCGAGAGUCACAGAUCCCAUGGCGUUCUACGCGGCGCCUUGGUACGAUCUGGUACCCGUCACAUGGUCAUCAUUCUCGUCCUCAUCCUCACCCUCCUCGCCGCUGCCGCCAUCCUCCGCUCGCGUACCGCCGACAGUUCGAGUGGAGAAUUGCCUCCCCUUUGCGACGGGAGUGGAGUGCGUGACGAGCAGCGAGAGAUGGAGCGUGACGAGCACCACGAGGACGACAACGGAGAGUAAAGUCGUCAGCUUUGAAGGGCUCGCAGUCAUCACGUCCGGCACAACGAGCACCACAACGACAGUUUCACUAAGCACCACCCUCAGUUUGACGAGCGUAGUUACAGACUCGAGCAUCGUGCGCAGUCGCAUAGCAGGCGACGUGUCCCCAGAUGGCACCGAGACAGUGACCAUUGCCGUGUCCACGCCCACGACGAAGACCUGGCUCGUCGAAGCUGUUUCGCACAUGCAUCCCCAGCCCCGGACCCAGACCGCACGUUCGGAAUCAAGAGUAACGGACACCGUGAGUGUAGAUCCGGAUUCUACAUUACAAGGAGCACAAGGGACGACGACGACGACAGUGGUAGUGAGACUGAUGAUGACGUCGACGCUGGAUGUGACGGAGACCAAAACCCGCUCUGUUGUCCCUGCUGCGCCUGCACCGGAGGAGACAGAGGCCCGGUCUGGUUAA